AUGCCCCUGGGGAGGGACACAGCGUCACCUUACUGCGGCCGAUACCCCUGGGGAGGGACACACCGUCACCUUACUGCGGCCGAUGCCCCUGGGGAGGGACACAGCGUCACCUUACUGCGGGCCGAUGCCCCUGGGGAGGGACACAGCGUCACCUUACUGCGGCCGAUGCCCCUGGGGAGGGACACACAGCGUCACCUUACUGCGGCCGAUCACCCACCUUACUGCGGCCGAUGCCCCUGGGGAGGGACACACCGUCACCUUACUGCGGCCGAUACCCCUGGGGAGGGACACACCGUCACCUUACUGCGGCUGAUACCCCUGGGAGGGACACACCGUCACCUUACUGCGGCCGAUGCCCCUGGGGAGGGACACACCGUCACCUUACUGCGGCCGAUACCCCUGGGGGAGGGACACAGCGUCACCUUACUGCGGCCGAUGCCCCUGGGGAGGGACACACCGUCACCUUACUGCGGCCGAUACCCCUGGGGAGGGACACAGCGUCACCUUACUGCGGCCGAUGCCCCUGGGGAGGGACACAGCGUCACCUUACUGCGGCCGAUGCCCCUGGGGAGGGACACAGCGUCACCUUACUGCGGCCGAUACCCCUGGGGAGGGACACAGCGUCACCUUACUGCGGAUGCCCUGAUGCCCCUGGGGAGGGACACAGCGUCACCUUACUGCGGCCGAUGCCCCUGGGGAGGGACACAGCGUCACCUACUGAUGCCCCUGGGGAGGGACACAGCCGUCACCUUACUGCGGCCGAUGCCCCUGGGGAGGGACACAGCGUCACGUCACCUUACUGAUGCCCCUGGGGAGGGACACACCGUCACCUUACUGCGGCCGAAUGAUGCCCCUGGGGAGGGACACAGCGUCACCUUACUGAUGCCCAUCUGGGGAGGGACACACCGUCACCUUACUGCGGCCGAUGCCCCUGGGAGGGACACAGCUGUCACCUUACUGCGGCCGAUGCCCCUGGGGAGAGGGACACAGCGUCACCUUACUGCGGCCGAUGCCCCUGGGGAGGGACACACAGCGUCACCUUACUGCGGCCGAUGCCCCUGGGGAGGGACACAGCUGUCACCUUACUGCGGCCGAUGCCCCUGGGGAGGGACACACUGUCACCUUACUGCGGCCGAUGCCCCUGGGGAGGGACACAGCGUCACCUUACUGCGGCCGAUGCCCCUGGGGAGGGACACAGCGUCACCUUACUGCGGCGACCUGGGGAGGGACGGCCUUACUUGA